UUGAGAGCAGCUGCAGCAAUGUGGGGUCCCAACAUCCUCUGUGCUCGCUGCCUCCCUCCCCUCCACUUCACUCACUUCAGAGACCUCCUGCCUCUCCGUUUCUCCAUGUGCUUUAUUUUCGCGAACACAGGACGGUGCAAAGGGAAGUGAAGUUUCAACUACUAGGCAAAAAAUAGCUUCGCCUUCCCCCUCGGUGUUGUUAUCAUUAUAGAUAUAUAUAUAUAUUUUUACCUCUGGUCGGGUUAUCCCACUAAAACAAGACCAUUGCUUGGUGUAGCUGCAUCGGGGAGAAGGCUCGGGAGGAGGAGAAACUAGGAGGCUCGAUGACGACGAAAGAAGACAACAUUUUAACAGAUGAAAUGGCAAACCCAUCUCCUGCAAAGAGUCUCGGCGAUCCUGGAAUCACACCGCUGUCUCCGACACACAUUCAGCAGAAUGACACAGACCAGGUUCCGUCAGGAAUGGCCUUUGUGGUUGUGGUAGCCAUUGACUUUGGCACAACAUCAAGCGGCUAUGCUUAUGCAUUCACUAAGGAGCCUGAGUGCAUUCACACCAUGAGGCGUUGGGAGGGUGGCGAUCCUGGCGUGUCCAACCAGAAGACACCGACCACAAUCUUGCUGACCCCAGACAGAAAGUUCCACAGUUUUGGCUAUGCAGCACGUGACUUUUAUCAUGACCUCGACCCAAGUGAGUCCAAGCACUGGCUCUACCUGGAGAAAUUCAAAAUGAAGCUCCAUACCACAGCGAAUCUGUCCAUCAACACGGAUCUCCAGGCAGCCAAUGGGAAGCGGGUGAAAGCUUUGGAUAUCUUUGCCUAUGCACUGGCUUUUUUUAAGGAGCAAGCACUAAAGGAGCUGAGUGAUCAGACAGGUGGCGAGUUUGACAACAAUGAUGUGAGAUGGGUCAUCACUGUUCCUGCCAUCUGGAAAAUGCCUGCAAAGCAAUUCAUGAGGGAAGCUGCUUAUAAGUCUGGUUUGGUGUCCCGUGACAACCCUGAGCAGCUUGUCAUUGCGCUGGAACCUGAGGCUGCAUCGAUCUACUGCCGUAAGCUCCGCCUCCACCAGAUGGUGGACUUGAGCAUCCAGACCACUCAGAAUGAUUUCAGUCCCACAGAUAAUCUUGGAAGUACAAUGACUCAAGCCAACAAGGAGCAUGUCCGGCGCAACCGGCAAAGUCGCACCUUCUUGGUGGAAAAUGUCGUAGGGGAGCUUUGGUCGGAGCUGGAAGAAGGUGACCGAUAUGUGGUGGUGGACUGUGGCGGGGGGACAGUGGACCUGACUGUCCAUCAAAUCCGUCUCCCAGAAGGACAUCUGAAAGAGCUGUACAAAGCUUCUGGUGGACCAUACGGCUCUCUUGGAAUUGACUAUGAAUUUGAAAAGCUGCUGUGUCAGAUUUUUGGCCAGGAUUUCAUUGACCAGUUCAAAAUUAAGCGGCCAGCUGCUUGGGUGGACCUCAUGAUUGCCUUUGAAUCACGGAAGCGGGCAGCAGCACCAGGCAGGGCAAACCCCCUCAAUAUUAACUUGCCAUUCUCAUUCAUCGACUACUACAAGAAGUUCCGGGGCCACAGUGUUGAACAUGCUCUGCGUAAAAGCAAUGUGGAUUUUGUGAAAUGGUCAUCGCAGGGGAUGCUGAGGAUGAGUCCCGAUGCUAUGAAUUCCCUUUUCAAGCCCACCAUCGACCAUAUCAUUCAACACCUCAAUGAGCUCUUUGAGAAACCUGAGGUGAGUGACAUCAAGUUCCUUUUCCUAGUCGGAGGUUUCGCCGAAUCAGCUUUGUUACAGCAGGCCGUUCAGAACAUGCUAGAGGGCCGCAGUCGCAUCAUUAUCCCCCACGAUGUCGGCCUCACGAUCCUGAAGGGCGCAGUUUUGUUCGGUUUGGACCCCAGCAUCAUCAAAGUCCGCCGCUCGCCGCUUACGUACGGCGUCGGUGUCCUCAAUCGCUUUGUAGAGGGCAAGCAUCCUCCCGAGAAGCUGCUGGUGAAGGACGGAACGCGCUGGUGCACCGACGUCUUUGACACGUUCAUCGCCGCCGACCAGUCGGUUGCGCUCGGCGAGAUGGUCAAGCGUAGCUACACGCCGGCCAAGCCCUCGCAGCAGGUCAUCGUCAUCCACGUCUACUGCACCGAGAAGGAAAGUGUGGGCUUCAUCAGCGAGUCAGGCGUCAAGAAGUGCGGCUCCCUUCGCUUGGAUGUCAGUGGCACGGAAAGCGCGGCGCCGCGCCGCGAGAUCCAGACGCUCAUGCAAUUUGGUGACACCGAGAUUCGGGCGAUGGCGGUAGACGUGUCCACCGGCCGCACGGUCAAGGCCAGUAUUGACUUCCUCAGCCAUUGAGGUAGGAGGCAGAGAGCUCGUUGGAAAUGGCACAGCUCACCUGCACACACCCACGAGUAGGAUAUUUCAAAUGUUCACAAUUGAGGAUUUUUGGGGUAUUGUACGAUUAAAUCAGUCCAAUCACUUCAACCAUUAUUAUCCAGCGGUGGCGUUAUAACGGCCCACUAAAAUGUACUGUUAAUGCUUGUUCUCUUAUUAGCUGAACGAUAUCCUGACACACUGUCUCAAAGACAAAAAAAA